AUGGACCUCAGUAAAGGAACACGAGACAGGAGCAAAAGACACCCAGACAAUGCUGUGAAAAGUGAACAAGUCAAGAACAACACUGAUGACUUACUGAUGUGCUACGACCCCCGUACCCAUAUGCCUUCUUUCAGCUUCUUGGAUAGCUUGGAGCUUUUUAUCCAGACGGGAAAGUUUCCUGUAAAUGCAUCAAAGAGCUCAAAGAAAGCGACCAAAGCUGCCAGCAAACGCUUCAUCUACAAAGAUGGCUCUCUGUGGCGAGCUUAUCGAGGCCGCCUUCUCCGCGUUGUCAGGAGCGACGAGGAGGUUCGGGACAUCCUGCUGCGUUACCAUGACAACAAUAACCACGCCGGUCGAGUCCGGAUGGUGAAGGAGAUAAUGCUCAUGUACUACUGGGUGGGAGUGACGGCAGCCGUGAAGAAAUGGAUCAAAGCCUGCGUCGUCUGUCGCAGCCGAGCUCGGCCCAGACCUCUCAACCCGCCCGUCCACUUGUGCCUGGUUUACAGCUGCGAUGCCUCCAGCUACGUUCACCCCGAGCUCAGCUUCCACAGGUUUCCAGAGGAGGCAGAGCGGCGGCAGGUGUGGCUGGCGGCAGCUCAGAGGGACGAAGGUUCGCUGCGCUCAAAUUCCUACAUCUGCUCGCGACAUUUUGAUUCGUCCUGCUUCACGCUGAGCAAGGAAGGUCAGCUGACGCUGUCACCGGACGCUGUACCGACCAUCGUACCUGAAACUGUGCAGGAGGACGAGGGGGCCGUCCCUUCAGAUGAUGAAUUUCUUCACUCCAACAUCCUGGAAGACCUUCUGUCCACAGCUGCUGCUGCUACAGAAACCACAGAAUCCUCUGAUCCGGCUUUGGAAACCCCAGUGGAGCUGCAGGAACACCAGUACUGCCUCCCAACCCCUGAUCUGGACUCCAUGGAGGGUCAAACAGGGAAGGAGUUCAAGAGAAGGAAGACCACCGUCGAGCCAAGCUUCUCGACUUACAACCACAUCGCCAGGUAUCUGAGCCACAGGGUCUUGCCUUUGCAAAGCAAGAAAAGCAGAGGUGCUUUGAAACGGAUGUCCAAGCGCUUUGGCCUGAUAGAUGGAGUUCUGAUGUACACCAGAGUCUCUCCGCCUGUCAGAGUGCCGCGCAGCAGAGAGGAGAUAAACUCCAUCCUGCAACGGUUCCACGACAACCAAGGUCACUAUGGUCAAGGAGUCUGCCAGCGAGAGAUCUCCAAACAUUUCUACUGGGCCAGUAUGAGCCGCGACCUGUCCGCCUGGAUCUCCAACUGCAACACCUGCCUCACCAGGUGCAGGAGGAAAUGCCUGCGCUGCAGCGUCUACAGCUGCAGCAACUGCUGCGGGCCAGUGGAGCGAGGCCUCGGACUCACCUUCCACAGGUUUCCUCUACACGAUGCAGCCCUGCUGGCUCGCUGGCUGAAGGCCACCGGACGUUUGAACUGGCUUCCUCGGCUGCGGUCGUCCGUCUGUUCGACCCAUUUCACCGAUGACUGCUUUGACCGCCGCGGGGAGAAGGUGGUCCUCUAUCCAGACGCCGUUCCCACGCUCAUGGUCCACGGUGACUCGACGGCGUCCAGAGGUCCGAAUCAGCCUGCAGGACAGGAGGAGGCCUUCUUUUCCAAGUACGACGCCGUGGAGCUUUAUCUGAGCAAGUGCACCUAUCCGCCUGGACUGAACUACGUGGAGAAGAACACCUUCAGAAGGUUCUGCAAGAAAUUCACCAUUAAAGACGGCGAGCUUCACUGGGUGAGAGGAGAUCGGCUGCGUUUGGUUCUGAGGAGUCGGCAGCAGGUUGAAGCCGCUCUGACCGAUUACCACGACGAGCUGAACCAUCUGGACGCCAACAAGUGUCUGCGGCUGCUCAACGAGAGGUAUUUCUGGAAGACCAUGAAGUCCGACGUGGUUCAGUGGAUCUCCGACUGCUUGCAGUGCAGCAGGAAGAAGAAACCAGAGAUGCUGCUGCACGCGCUCAGAUCUCCACCAAUCAGCGACAAAGACGACGAGACCGAUGACGCUGAUGAAGGUGACAACAGCGACGGCGAUGCCGGCGGGAGGCCGACGGUGAAUUCAGACACAGCGGACGGACCUCUGCCCCCCCACGCUGUAACUCCCAUCAGCCCUCAGCCCAGAAUUCCCAUCCUCAUACACCUGAGAACUCCCAUCAGCCUCCAGUCCAGGACUCCCAGCUCCUCCUUUGUUGCCAGACUGUUGUCUAGCCAGAGAGCGACCCGGUCUGAAACCCAGAGCAGCUCUGAGAGCCACGUUCAGGUCAGACCUCGUUCAAAGGAGCCACCUGAAGACAAGAGAGAAUCCAGCAGCUCCCAGUGUGUCCCACCUGCUGUCGGUUCUCCACCAGAGAAAACCCACCGUCCAAGUGGACCACAGACACAGAUACCAGCACAGAACUGGCCUGGCGCCCAGCACCCAGCGAUGACGCAGUCAGCGAUGACCCAGUCAGAGACUGACUCUUCGGCGAAGAAGACUGAUGGUCUUGAGCCCGUGGUCGUCCCAAGCACCAAACCCUGGCCGGUCUUCACCGUCACCGGUAACAGCCCGGCACCACCAGCCAAGCCGCCUGCUGAGGUGGACAGGUACGGACUCCCAGGAGCCAACAGUCUCAUGAGCACCAAGUUUUUCCGGAAGGACCGCGGUCACUUGGUGUCGCUGCUCGACCUCCCCGGCAGCGCUCUGUUCGUCCCCCAGGACUCACUGCUGGCCGAGCCACCGGUCCGAAGGAAGAUGCGGUUCAGGAGCGGCUGUGAGUUUUGGCGAGGCGCUCAGCUGCUGUCCAGCCUGGUGUCGGCCUGCAGGGAGCUGAUGGCGGCCUCCAGCAAGUGCACGAAGGCAGGAACGAAGAUAGAACAAGGCAUCUACGGACAGAAACAGGAGAUCGUCUUGAAGGCUGUGGAGCCGCUGACGCUGCUGCUGGAGUUCUAA